AUGGAAGAACCCCCUGGUCCUGGUCCCAGUCAGCCUGCUGAGGAGGAAGAACCCCCUGGGCCUAGUCAGCCUGCCAACCCUCGGCCUGACGGGGAACAAGAAGGUCUGGACAGAACUAACUCCAUAACAGAAAAGGGACUUUUCUCAUUUUUAUGUCUCUCUAUUCUUUCUUUCUUUCUUUCUUUCUUUCUUUCUUUCUUUCUUUCUUUCUUUCUUUCUUUCUUUCUUUCUUUCUUUCUUUCUUUCUUUCUUUCUUUCUUUCUUUCUUUCUUUCCCCCGUAGGUCCCAGUGGUGUUCAGUGUGUGGUGAAGAAGCCUCCAGUGGUGAUGUCUGACUCGGAUAGUGGAGAGGGCCCUGCCAGACCCCAGGCUCCUGUCCGGCCCCAGCAGCAACACACCACCUAUCCUCCUGAACCACCACAGCCCACUGGCAAGACUGCCACUGCUAAGGAGACAGCCACACACGGUAGUGAGUAUAGCUGUUGUGGUGACCGUAUCACCGGAAAACCGUCAGUCAUGACCACAUUAAAAUCCCACGUGACCGUUGGGUCAUGGUAAUCUCCCCUUAAGCACUCUGGACAUGCGUUGGUAGUAUGCUUACCCAACUCGCUAACGACCGUCAGGUCACUAAUGGCCUGGUAUGCCGUGCUCUAUUGGCCCUCUAACCACUCUGACAUCAAUGCAAACGCAAUCGAAAAUCACAUCAAACACAUCAUCAAAACAGUAUCAUGCUUUUAAAACUCACCAUUAGGCUACAUUUUUCGACCUCACUGUGAUGAUCAAUUUGAAGAAAGAAGUUCAACAACAGGUUGAAACUGAGGGGAAAACAUGGUUGGUUUGGAUGUUUUAAAGCCAAACUCAACGAAAUGGACAGCGCCUUUCAAAGAUGAUGAUUAUUUCAAAGCGUUUAAGAUAUUGCAUGUAUAACACUCAUACGCAUACUAGAGCUUAUGCAUAUGCGUAGGCCUAUACACUCACCGGACAGUUUAUUAGGUACACCCAUCUAAUACCGGGUCGAACCCCCCUUUGCCGCCAUAACAGCCUGAAUUCUUCAGGGCGUGGAUUCUACAAGGUGUCGGAAAUGUUCGUUGCUCAAUUGGUAUCAAGGGACCUAAUGGUGUGCCAAGAACACCUUCCCUACACCACCGCCACCAGCCUGCACCAGGCAGGAUGGGUCCAUGGACUCGUGCUUCUGACGCCAAAUCCUGACUGCCAACAGCAUGACUCAACAGGAACUGGGAUUCGUCGGACCAGGUGAUGUUUUCCCACUCCUCAAUUGUACAGUGUUGGUGAUGGCGUGCCCACUGGAGCCGCUUCUUCUUGUUUUUAGCUGAUAGGAGUGGAACCCGGUGUGGUCGUCUGCUGCAAUAGCCCAUCCGUGACAAGGACCGAUGAGAUGCCAUUCUGCACACCACUGCCAUUUUUGGUCUGUUUGUGGGCCGCCUGUUAGCUUGCACGAUUCUUGCCAUUCUCCUAACACCUCUCAAUGAGCUGUUUUCGCCCACAGGACUGCCGCUGACUGGAUGGUUUUUGUUUGUUGCACCAUUGUCGGUAAACCCUAGACGCUGUCGUGCGUGAAAAGCGUGGGCGGCCGUUUCUGAGAUACUGGCAUCAACGAUAAUGCCACGCUCAAAGGCAGGGGAGGUGGGAGACGAGGGGACGGUCAGGACUCGCUGCACCUGCAGUAGGGCUCGCCCCGGCCCAGAGGGACGGACUCGAGGUGGGCCUAACCACCCAGCCUCUGGAGGGUCAGGAGGAGGGGACAGGACCCCAGAGAGGAGGCAGGAUCUGGGGGAGAGAGCAGGAGCAGAGGGGCUGGAGGCCGGGGACCCUGUUGGGGUAUGGCUGAGGGGCAUGGUGGUGAGAAGACGUCUGGCCAGAGCUCCAGGGAGGUCAACGGCGCAGAGCUCCAGCCCAGGGGGUUAAGGGACGGCUUCCCCAGUAGACCUGUCACCCGCGCCCGCAGCAGACUGUCAUCUGUACCCCUGGUGUCUGAGUCCGGUAAGACUGGAGAUAAGAGAUCACUCUCUGUCAGAGCAUGGAACACUUGUAACACUAAUCAGUUGAAAUCCAUGUCAUCAAAUUGUAUUCAAUAUUGUAAGCCGAAUAAACGUUGAUGUAGUUGAGUGUGUGUGUGUGUCUUUAAUAGUGCAGGAGGAAGCCUGUGGAAAAUGUGAGUUCCUCAUAGAGCUUCUGUUGUUUUUUCUCAUGCAGAGCUGUCCAAGCCCAAGCCUCAGGUCACGGUGAAUAGGAAACGCACAGCAGACAAGUCCACAAGCACCAGCGACACGGUCACUGAGGACGAUCAUGUACAGGUAGGGACUCUACACCUAGUGGGAUGAGUCUGUAGCUUGCGUCCCAAUUGGCACCCUAUUUCCUAUGUAGUGCACUACUUGAGCAAAGCAGCAUAGAACUUCAUGGUCAAAUGAAGGACAUGAACUCCUAACUGCAGCACCCCGUGACACAAUCCCUUCCAAUGCCAUCCAGGUGCUGACGCUGAAAUCCAAAAACCUGGUGGGAAUCACCCUCACUAACUGUGGCAUCACUGACCUGGUGCUGAAGGACUGCCCCAAGAUGAUGUUUGUUCAUGGUAGGUUUCCCUUCUAUGUAUAAUCAGGGCUUGAUAAGGAACGGAAUUAGUGGGCCAUUCUCUCAUACUAAUGUUGACUCCCAAAUGACACCCUACUUUUGAAAAGUAGUGCACUAUAUAGAGAAUAGGGUGCCAUUUGGGAUGCAUGUGGGCCCUGGUCAAAAGUAGUGCCCUACAGUGAGGGAAAAAAGUAUUUGAUCCCCUGCUGAUUUUGUACGUUUGCCCACUGACAAAGACAUGAUCAGUCUAUCAUUUUAAUGGUCGGUUUAUUUGAACAGUGAGAGACAGAAUAACAACAACAAAAUCCAGAAAAACACAUGUCAAAAAUUUAAGAAAAUGAUUUGCAUUUUAAUGAGAGAAAUACGUAUUUGACCCCCUCUCAAUCAGAAGGAUUUCUGGCUCCUAGGUGUCUUUUAUACAGGUAACGAGCUGAGAUUAUGAGCACAAUCUUAAAGGGAGUGCUCCUAAUCUCAGUUUGUUACCUGUAUAAAAGACACCUGUCCACAGAAGCAAUCAAUCAAUCAGAUUCCAAACUCUCCACCAUGGCCAAGACCAAAGAGCUCUCCAAGGAUGUCAGGGACAAGAUAGUAGAUCUACACAAGGCUGGAAUGGGCUACAAGACCAUCGCCAAGCAGCUUGGUGAGAAGGUGACAACAGUUGGUGCGAUUAUUCGCAAAUGGAAGAAACACAAAAUAACUGUCAAUCUCCCUCGGCCUGGGGCUCCAUGCAAGAUCUCACCUCGUGGAAUUGCAAUGAUCAUGAGAACAGUGAGGAAUCAGCCCAGAACUACACGGGAGGAUCUUGUCAAUUAUCUCAAGGCAGCUGGGACCAUAGUCACCAAGAAAACAAUUGGUAACACACUACGCCGUGAAGGACUGAAAUCCUGCAGUGCCCGCAAGGUCCCCCUGCUCAAGAAAGCACAUAUACAGGCCCGUCUGAAGUUUGCCAAUGAACAUCUGAAUGAUUCAGAGGAGAACUGGGUGAAAGUGUUGUGGUCAGAUGAGACCAAAAUCGAGCUCUUUGCCAUCAACUCAACUCGCCGUGUUUGAAGGAGGAGGAAUGCUGCCUAUGACCCCAAGAACACCAUCCCCACCGUCAAACAUGGAGGUGGAAACAUUAUGCUUUGGGGGUGUUUUUCUUGUAAGGGGACAGGACAACUUCACCGCAUCAAAGGGACGAUGGACGGGGCCAUGUACCGUCAAAUCUUGGGUGAAAACCUCCUUCCCUCAGCCAGGGCAUUGAAAAUGGGUCGUGGAUGGGUAUUCCAGCAUGGCAAUGACCCAAAACACACGGCCAAGGCAACAAAGGAGUGGCUCAAGAAGAAGCAUAUUAAGGUCCUGGAGUGGCCUAGCCAGUCUCCAGACAUUAAUCCCAUAGAAAAUCUGUGGAGGGAGCUGAAGGUUCGAGUUGCCAAACGUCAGCCUCGAAACCUUAAUGACGUGGAGAAGAUCUGCAAAGAGGAGUGGGACAAAAUCCCUCCUGAGAUGUGUGCAAACCUGGUGGCCAACUACAAGAAACGUCUGACCUCUGUGAUUGCCAUCAAGGGUUUUGCCACCAAGUACUAAGUCAUGUUUUGCAGAGGGGUCAAAUACUUAUUUCCCUCAUUAAAAUGCAAAUCAAUUUAGCAUUUUAAUUUUAAUUUUUGACAUGCAUUUUUCUGGAUUUUUUUGUUGUUAUUCUGUCUCUCACUGUUCAAAUAAACCUACCAUUAAAAUUAUAGACUGAUCAUGUAUUUGUCAGUGGGCAAACUUACAAAAUCAGCAGGGGAUCAAAUACUUUUUUCCCUCACUGUAUAUAGGGAGUAGGGUGCCAUUUGUGAUGAACAUUAACCCUCUGCUGUCGCCCGCUGUGUGUCCCUCUAGCCACGCGCUGAAGCAUCUGAAGGUGGAAAGUGCUCCCAUAGUGAACCGUUUCAACUACGCCCAGUAUAAGAAGCUGGACAUGGAGCAAGUCCUGGAUCAGAUCCUCUGCAUGCCCCCUGAGAGGAACCGCAUCAUCUACAUGCGCCCCAUGCAGCAGGUCAGGACCACUGUCUGGAACUCCGUCUGAAACCUUGUAUAGUCCAUAGCUCCCAACUAAUAAAAUUGGAUUGUAACCUAUGUCAAAUAUGUGUAUAAUCUCAAUUAAAUCUGUCUGCACAUUAAACAUGAUUUGCAGAGGAAAUGUGACCAGGGUUUCUCCAUAAAGCACAUUGUCCCCUUUGUGCAUGAUAUGGUUUGUAAACCUAGUCUUACUCUGACCAUCUCCUUGUCCCCUGUCCUAGAUUGACUCUCUGGCCCUGGACAGGAAGCUGUUCCGUGGGCCGUACCCAUACCACAUCGCCAUCAUACAUGAGUUCAGCAACCCCCCCAACGUCAGGAACAAGGUCAGAGUAUGCAGCUGGAUGGACACCAUCGCCAACAUCAGCCAGUGUGUCACACAUACUGCUAUCUAGUAACAUUACUUUCAUCUGAAAGAUCCUCUGUUAAAUAGACGUACACUACAUGACUAAAAGUAUGUGGACUCCUGCUCGUCGAACAUCUCAUUCCAAAAUCAUGGGCAUUAAUAUGGAGUUGGUCCCCCCUUUGCUGCUAUAACAACCUCCACUCUUCUGGGAAGGCUUUCCACUAGAUGUUGGAACAUUGCUGCGGGGACUUGCUUCCAUUCAGCCACAAGUAUUAGUGAGGUUGGGCACUGAUUUUGGGCAAUUAGGCCUGGCUCGCAGUUGGCGUUCCAAUUCAUCCCAAAGGUGUUCGAUGGGGUUGAGGUCAGGGCUCUGUGCAGGCCAGUCACGUUCUUCCACACCGAUCUCAACAAACCAUUUCUUAAUAGACCUCGCUUUGUGCACGGGGGUAUUGUCAUGCUGAAACAGGCACAGGCCUUCCCCAAACUGUUGCCAGAAAGUUGGAAGCACUGAAUCGUCUAGAAUGUCAUUGUAUGCUGUAGCGUUAAGAUUUCCCUUCACUGGAACUACGGGGCCUAGCCAAACCAUGGAAAAACAGCCCUAGACCAUUAUUCCUCCUCCACCAAACUGUAGAGUUGGCACUAUGAAUUUCCUCUUCACAAUAACAGCACUUACAGUUGACCAGGGAAGCUCUUCCUGACUUGUUUGUCUAUGGAGAUUGCAUGGCUGUGUGCUCGAUUUUAUACACCUGUCAGCAACGGCUGUGUCUGAAAUAGCUGAAUCCACAAAUGUUUUUAUUGGAACCUGUUCUGAGAAAAAAAAAGUGAUGGUUUAUAUGGUUCUGUUCCUUUUUUAACCUCUGAAAUCAUUUUUUUUUUUUUUUUUUUACAUUUAGCUCGACAUUGAAGACAUUGAAUGUGUAGAGCAGCUUGCUAUGGAGCGGGCAAGCUAUGUGCAUUUUGUGUAGGGUGCGACAUGCGACUGAUUUUUAUUUAUUUAUUUAUUUUCACCUUUAUUUAACCAGGUAAGCCAGUUGAGAACAAGUUCUCAUUUACAACUGCGACCUGGCCAAGAUAAAGCAAAGCAGUGCGAUAAAAACAACAACACAGAGUUACAUAUGGGGUAAACAAAGCAUAAAGUCAAAAAUACAACAGAAAAUAUAUAUACAGUGUGCGAAUGUAGUAAGUUAUGGAGGUAAGGCAAUAAAUAGGCCAUAGUGCAAAAUAGUUACAAUUUCGUAUUAACACUGGAAUGAUAGAUGUGCAAAAGAUGAUGUGCAAAUAGAGAUACUGGGGUGCAAAAUAAAUAACAAUAUGGGGAUGAGGUAGUUGGGUGGGCUAAUUUCAGAAUGGCUGUGUACAGGUGCAGUGAUCGGUAAGCUGCUCUGACAACUGACGCUUAAAGUUAGUGAGGGAGAUAAGAGUCUCCAGCUUCAGAGAUUUUUGCAGUUCGUUCCAGUCAUUGGCAGCAGAGAACUGGAAGGAAUGGCGGCCAAAGGAGGUGUUGGCUUUGGGAAUGACCAGUGAGAUAUACCUCCUAGAGCGCAUACUACGGGUGGGUGUUGCUAUGGUGACCAAUGAGCUAAGAUAAAACGGGGAUUUGCCUAGCAGUGAUUUAUAGAUGACCUGGAGCCUGUGGGUUUGGCGACGAAUAUGUAGUGAGGGCCAGCCAACAAGAGCGUACAGGUUACAAUGGUGGGUAGUAUAUGGGGCUUUGGUGACAAAACGGAUGGCACUGUGAUAGACUACAUCCAAUUUGCUGAGUAGAGUGUUGGAGGCUAUUUUGUAAAUGACAUCGCCAAAGUCAAGGAUCGGUAGGAUAGUCCGUUUUAGGAGGGCAUGUUUGGCAGAAUUAGUGAAGGAGGCUUUGUUGCGAAAUAGGAAGCCGAUUCUAGAUCUAACUUUUGAUUGGAGAUGCUUGAUGUGAGUCUGGAAGGAGAGUUUACUGAUAUUUUGCGGGUGAGGAGAGCGCUGGGCAUGAAGCGCUGGGCAUCUUGUUGUUAUGACAUGCAUUACCUGAAUUAGGCCCACAGAAUUAUACCUACGGAGGAGCAGUUUCUAUGGAGGAACUUUGAAUGUAUUUGAACUUCAGAGAGUUGGCUUAACUAACAUUGGACCAGAGCUAGCCCUUGAUCAUGACUCUCAAUUCGAUUACAUUACACAUAAUGCUGCCUAGAGUUUUAGAGAGCUAGACCAGAGCUAGCUAACAAGCUAGCUAGCUAACAAGCUUGUGUGUCCAAAGCAGCAUCAGAAUAAAAAUAAAAACACAUAUUUUUUAAAUUAAUAAAUCCAAUGUGACGUGUCAUAACUAGAGUAUACUUAACUAGUGUUGAUGAUCACAAGUUUACUGGAGAACUGAGACCAAGUAGAGACUUUGGACAGGGUGGAUAAUGGUAUAAUAUAAGGCAGUUUAUUCAGAGGUAAAGAUAUCUGGAAUAGCGUGCACGGACUCGUUCGUCAAACUCGUAGGGAGUUAUCUGAAGAGAGCAUUGUGUGCAGACAUUUUAUGCAAUAAAUGAAGUAGGUUGAAUCUAGUAGUUCUGAUCUUCUGAUUGGUCCUGAUGAGUUGGGCGAGGUCCCCUCCAGGCUAGUGUCACUGUUGCAUUGGCUCUGAGUCGGGUUCUCUGUCUUCAAAUGUUCAGCCUAAAGGAGGGGAUUUUGUGUGUGUGUGUGUGUGUUUAACAGUGAUGAUGUGUGUGUGUGUGUGUGUGUGUGUGUGUGUGUGUGUGUGUGUGUGUGUGUGUGUGUGUGUUUAACAGUGAUGAUGUGUGUGUGUGUGUGUGUGUGUGUGUGUGUGUGUGUGUUAUCAGUGAUGAUGUGUGUGUGUGUGUGUGUGUGUUAUCAGUGAUGAUGUGUGUGUGUGUGUGUGUGUGUGUCCUCAGAGCAAGAACUCGUGAGUUGGAAGAACUGAGAGGCCUAUGGCGUGGGUGUUGUCCUUGGCCACCUGCUGACAAGGCUGACAAGAUAGGACCCUUUUGUCCAUUGUUAUUGGAUAGGAACAGAACUUAUAACCAGCUCCUGACCUAAAUAGAUCUUAGCACAACAUUUUACUCAACAUAUCAUAUUCCAUAUUGACUAUAACAAAUAUAUUUACUACGACACUAGCAUUGAAAAAGUGAAUCCAUUGUUCUCUAAUAAAAAAUAAAUCUACCUAAUUUCUGAAUCACGCCUGUAAUGUCAGUAGCUACAGUAGACUAUGCUUCGGGGGGAGGGCAGUUAGCCUACACAAACACACUGGCAAAGAUUUUCAGCAGGCAGGCAGUCAAUGGAAUAACGUUUCUGAGUGACCAUGAGUGCCUUGCAUAGCCACUUUGUAGCGUUUUUUUGUGGGACUAGAAAGAAAUGCCCAGAACGUCAAAUCACUUUUCACUACUUUUCACUAUUAACUGGUUCCCAUGCUUUUAAAAUAAUGGUUAUGUUCCGGAACAGUAUAGAUCACUUUCGUUCUCGGUUCUGGUUCUGUUCCCAAUUUUUUUUUUGUUAUUUCCCGGUUUUCUGUUCUGUUGCCUGAACUGGUUCCAACCCCUGAUAUUUAGUGGGUUGCUGCCCGUCUGUUUCCUCCAGUAGAUGGCCGUCUUUAUCAUGGCCCUGGUGUCAUUAUAACUACAGCCAGCAGGUGGCGCUGCUGAUUCCCUUCUGACCUCAAUCAGCCAUAUUGUACUGUACUGUUGACAUGGUGGUCAAGAACCAGUGCCCAGUUCCUUCCUUCCUCCAUCUAAAAACCCAACAUAAACAACCAAUUUCAUUUAAUCAACAGGGAGCUCAUCAAGUAUGAGUUUUACCCGGAAGCCACGCGGACGGAAGAGGAUGUCAAGAAGUAUCCCAACUACCCCUGGGGCCGAGACAUCUUUACCUUGGAGGGUGAGAUGGAGGAAGUCCUGUUCAGCCCUCUGAGACUGAGAUUGGGUCUCUUCACAGCAGAGCUGCGUCCUCCCGUAGAGUCACGAUGCUGCGUCCUCCGUAGAGUCACGAUGCUGCGUCCUCCUGUAGAAUCACGAUGCUGCGUCCUCCGUAGAGUCACGAUGCUGCGUCCUCCCGUAGAGUCACGAUGCUGCGUCCUCCCGUAGAGUCACGAUGCUGCGUCCUCCCGUAGAGUCACGAUGCUGCGUCCUCCCGUAGAGUCACGAUGCUGCGUCCUCCCGUAGCGUCACGAUGCUGCGUCCUCCCGUAGCGUCACGAUGCUGCGUCCUCCCGUAGCGUCACGAUGCUGCGUCCUCCCGUAGCGUCACGAUGCUGCGUCCUCCGUAGAGUCACGAUGCUGCGUCCUCCCGUAGAGUCACGAUGCUGCGUCCUCCCGUAGCGUCACGAUGCUGCGUCCUCCCGUAGCGUCACGAUGCUGCGUCCUCCCGUAGCGUCACGAUGCUGCGUCCUCCCGUAGCGUCACGAUGCUGCGUCCUCCCGUAGCGUCACGAUGCUGCGUCCUCCCGUAGAGUCACGAUGCUGCGUCCUCCCGUAGAGCCACGAUGCUGCGUCCUCCCGUAGAGCCACGAUGCUGCGUAGUGGGAUUUUCCAAGCUCCAUUUAUUGUACCCUCUAGUUUUCAUGAUGCAAGUCCUACAUUGUUUCAUCAGUUUUUCUCAAUAGUUCAUUCACUUGUCCCCUUGGUGUGGCAGCUGCUGCUCUGCCCUGUUCUGAUGUAUCCUGUCUCUCGCUCGCUCUCUCGCUCUCUCGCUCUGUCUCUCUCGCUCUCUGAGUCUCUGUCUGUCUCUGUCUCCUCUCUCUGUGUUUCUCUCUGUCUCUGUUCUGUCUGUAGGAGUGGUAGAUGAAGUCCCCUACUCCAUGAUCACAGACUUCCCCUGGCUCCGUACCCUACGUACAGCUGACCACAACAGUUACGCACGCUACGACUUUGAGGAUGAUGAGAGCAGUGAGUGA